AAAUGAACAUACAAAACUCCUUAUCCUGCCACUCCGUCAGGCUUUUGUUUUGUUCUCCAGACGUUGAUGCCUGGAGAGGUCGCUUGCGCGGUGGAUGAAGGAAAGAAAAUGGAAAGGCACUAGGGCAAAUCUUGGACGGAGCCGACUCGGGAAAGGAGCCCAACUUUCUACGAUGAACUACACCGUCAUUUCAAUGACACAGAAAUAACUUUUUACUUAUUUUUUAACUUCAUAAUGAUAGGCUAUUAUAUAGGCCUACUUACAGCAGGGUUGUCGGUUUAGGAAUUCAGUUCUGCCGACUGGGCGUGCACCUAUGAAAGAGAAACAAACACAGGCACGACGAAGGACAGGAGGAUAGCAUGUCAACAAGUACACUCAUCCCACCCAGCCUGAGGGAGAAGAAAGGGAGCUUCUUCAAGCUGAUCGACUCAUUUGCCUGGGAGAUCGGGACUCUGAAGAGGGAGGUGGUGCAGAAGGCUGAGCCAGCAGAGAGGGACCCAGAGCCUGUCAUACUACAGGGGCUGGAUGGGGAAGUGGGAGGUCUGUUCCUACAGGCUCCUCCCUGUGUUGGUGUGGGGGCACGGCUGGCUGGAGCUAGAGAUUCAGGCUACGACUCGUUGCGUAGAAGGAUGAGUGUGCUGGACAGGCUGGUGCAGACGCACGUUGUGUGGCUGCAGCUGGGACUUAACCAUGCAGACUCCACAAGCAUACUGGAACCGCAGCCCACCGGGACGUUUCUGGUGAGGAAGUCGACUACCUUGCAGAGGAAGGUGAUCUCUCUGCGUAUGCAUCAGGACUCUGAGACACCCGUCAAAGACUUCCCUGUGAAGGAGAGUCAAUACACAUUCUCCUUGGAGGGAUCGGGCCUCGGGUUCGCAGACCUGUUCCGUCUUGUGGCCUUCUGCUGUAUCAGCAGGGAUGUCUUGCCAUUCACCCUAAAGCUUCCUGAAGCCAUCUCUGCAGCCAGGACACCAACAGACUUGGAGGAGGUGGCCAAGCUAGGAGUAGGCUUCUGGGACUCUGAGCAUUGCUGCAGGAGCAAGAGUUCUGUCUCCCGGUUGUCCGGGACAACCAUCCAGGACCAAUCACCCAGCCCCCUGGUCACCCGCACCCCGUCCCAGCUUGAGUGUUCCCAGUCCAACGGGGCUCUCUGCUUCAUCAACCCCCUCUUCCUGAAGAUUCACAACCCAGAGGGGGGCAACCACACCACUCCCUCCUCCACCAGCCACUACAACAACCCCCACCACCUAAACAACAAUAGUACUACAACAACUACAGCAACAACGGUACAAGUUCAACAGCACUGUACCAGCAACCCAGAGCAACUUAUCAACUGCACAAACAGCUCUCAACCCCCUAGCAACAGCCCUCAGAGUCCUAGCCCUGGUAACAUCCCCCAGCAUCAUAACAACAGUGUGAGCCAGGCUAAGAGCGUGUCCCGCCCACCACCGCCUCGCCCCCCACCUCCCCACUGUGCCCCACGUCGCCCUGCCCCUCCUCGACGCCAGUGCAGCAUGCCUGAGAAGAUAUCCUGGAUCAACCCCCCCAAAGAGAAGGACAGGGUGGGAGAGGAGAAGAAAGGAGGAGAAAGAGAGAAGGGCAGUAGCCUUCUCUCCCGCCUGGGCUCCUCUCUCAGCAUCAGUCCAUCCUCUUCUUUCCUCUUAUCCUCCCCUCCUAAGAAGCUCAGCAUCAGUGCCCCCAUCUCUAUCCCCUUGUCCCUCUCCUCCUCUCCAAGUAGGCCGAAACCCACGCCGCCAAGCGACGUCGACUGCCAUCUUGCUCUCGAUGACCAGACUAUUGAGAACGCCAUUUCUCUCAGUCUGGCUAAGCUGUCACUGAGAAACGCCACCACCCCUGACGACAACACAGAGGGAAACAGUCCGUCCACUCAAGACCCAGCCCCCUCCCGUCGAGAGGAAGGAAGAGGAGGAAGAGGGGACAGUGUGCAGCGCCUGAGCGACAUGAGCCUUUCCACCGAAUCCUCUGCCGACUCACUAGAUUUUUCCCAGGGCUUCUUCCCCCCACUCCCUGAACCCAGCCCCCCCACCACCAACAACCUUGUCCUGCCCCCCCUCACCCACCCCUACAGCAGCAUGGAGGAAGAUGACGAUGAUGAAGACGAAGCAGACUUCGGCGGGAGCAUGGAGAGCGACCAAGACCAGGACCUGACCAUCACCCCUCCCGGGCUGCGCACCAAACGGCGAGCCAGCGCCGGGGCCAUGGUCAUCCAGCGGGCCCUCAGGGGCCACCUCCGUAAGAUGAGUGGGGUGUUCAACUCGCUGAUGACCCCAGAGAAACGGGCCAUACGGAGAGUCCUGGAGCUGUCGAGGGAUAAGGGCUCUUACUUCGGCUGCCUGGUGCAGGACUACUUGAGCUUCCUGCAGGAGGGAGGCGGCAGCCAGGCCUGGCAGUGCCACGCAUCAGGACUGGAGUUGCUGCAGACGCUACGCCAGUUCAUCACCCAGAUGAAGAGCUACCUGCGGCAGAGCUCUGAGCUGGAGCCCCCCAUCGAGUCACUCAUCCCAGAGGACCAGAUCGACUAUGUCCUAGAGAAGGCCAUGCAUAAGAUUGUCCUGAAGCCCCUUAAAGGUGUGGUGGGAGUGGCCCUCCAGGAGUUCCAGGUCCGCAGCGGGGCGUGGCAGGAGCUUAAGGAGAACCUCUCAUUGGCCAAGGUCCGGCAGCCCCAGGAAAUGGGCGUGACUGACGCCCUCCCUCCGGAUCCAGUCGCCAUAGAGAAGAUCCGGCACAAGUUUCACACCAUGUGUAAACUCUACUCCCCUGAGAAGAAAGUGACCAUGCUGCUGCGCGUGUGUAAACUCAUCUAUACCAUCAUGGAGGACAACUCAGGUCGUCUGUACGGGGCAGAUGACUUCCUGCCCAUGCUGACUUAUGUGUUGGCCCAGUGUGACAUGCCUCAACUAGAUAACGAGAUCCUCUACAUGAUGGAGCUGCUGGACCCCUCUCUGCUCAAUGGAGAAGGUGGAUACUACCUGACCAGUGCGUACGGAGCCAUGUCCCUCAUUAGGAACUUCCAAGAGGAGCAAGCAGCUCGUGUACUCAGUUCUGAAACACGCAACACACUCCACCAGUGGCACCGUCGCCGCACCACCCAGCGCACUGCACCCUCUGUAGACGACUUUCAGAACUACCUGCGAGUGGCGCUCCAGGAGCUGGACAGCGGCUGCACGGCCAAAACCCUGCAGGUGCAGCCCUACGCCACCACAGAGGAAGUCUGCCAGAUCUGUGCCUACAAAUUCAAAAUUCCCGACCCUGAGAAUUACGCUCUGUUCCUGCUCACUGAGGGCUCGAGCCAGCAGCUAGCCCCUGACACAUACCCCCAGAAGAUCAAAGCUGAGCUCCACAGUCGACCCCAGGCUGCACCUUUUCACUUCGUCUUCCGUCGCGUGGCUAACCUCAAUGAACUGGACGUGACCUCUCUUGAACCCCAGUCCAUUCUCAAUGACGUCAACCUUACCACGGACUCUGAGCCCAAUCGCAAUGAUGUAGCCUUAUCCCCUUCGGACCCCCAGCCCAACUUCAACCUGGGUCCCAGUCUCAGCCUCAGUCUACCCCCCAACCAGCAAAAUGGCAACUCCAUAUCUAUCUGAGGCUGCAGGGCUGGAAACCCCCCAUCUGAACAUUCUUUCUGUAACCCAACAAAACUGAUCUGAGCUGUGUUUAACUGGAUUGAACUGGGCCUAACUGGGUUAAGCUGAGCCAUGCUGAGUUUAGCCAAAACAAACUUCCCCUUUUGGUGAAUCUUCUGUCUAGCAGGGUGUCCUCAAAGCGGAAAGCUUUGUCUAAGUACAGGAGGAAAGGAGAGGAAGAGGGAAGGAAAUGCGACAGAUGGGGUUAUUUUGCAGCUCUAUUUGUGAACCUUUGUGACAUGGCACGCAAGGAGCACACGUGAGGGCAAACCUUUGUGACAUGGCACUCAAGGAGCACACGUGAGGGCAAACCUUUGUGACAUGGCACUCAAGGAGCACACGUGAGGGCAAACCUUUGUGACAUGGUACUCAAUGAGCACAAGUGAGCGCAAACCUUUGUGACAUGGCACUCAAGGGGCACACGUGAGGGCAAACCUUUGUGACAUGGCACUCAAGGAGCACACGUGAGGGCAAACCUUUGUGACAUGGCACUCAAGGAGCACACGUGAGGGCAAACCUUUGUGACAUGGCACUCAAGGAGCACACGUGAGGGCAAACCUUUGUGACAUGGCACUCAAGGAGCACACGUGUGAGGGCAAACCUUUGUGACAUGGCACUCAAGGAGCACACGUGAGGGCAAACCUUUGACAUGGCACUCAAGGAGCACACGUGAGGGCAAACCUUUGUGACAUGGCACUCAAGGAGCACACGUGAGGGCAAACCUUUGGGAAAUGGCACUCAAGGAGCACACGUGAGGGCAAACCUUUGGGACAUGGUACUCAAGGAGCACAAGUGAGGGCAAACCUUUGUGACAUGGUACUCAAGGAGCACACGUGUGAGGGCAAACCUUUGUGACAUGGCACUCAAGGAGCACACGUGAGGGCAAACCUUUGUGACAUGGCACUCAAGGAGCACACGUGAGGGCAAACCUUUGUGACAUGGCACUCAAGGAGCACACGUGAGGGCAAACCUUUGUGACAUGGCACUCAAGGAGCACACGUGAGGGCAAACCUUUGUGACAUGGCACUCAAGGAGCACACGUGAGGGCAAACCUUUGUGACAUGGCACUCAAGGAGCACACGUGAGGGCAAACCUUUGGGACAUGGCACUCAAGGAGCACACGUGAGGGCAAACCUUUGGGACAUGGCACUCAAGGAGCACACAUGAGGGCAAACGCCACUCACAUAAAGGAUGGAUAAGGAUGGAUAAAGGCUUUGGAAUAGUUUUGGUACAGACACAGACAGACCAUCUAUACGGUCAUACUGCAAAAGUGUCUGAAAGUUCAGAUUCGUGGUCAGUUUUUGGUUUGUAACUCCUAGUGGUGAAGCAAAGGAUAAGUCGAGGGAAAGAUGAUCUCAGAUCUGUGGAUAGGGGUAACUUUUGUCUGCAAUGGUUCCAUCUAGUGAUGUACUCGUUCUGUCCAUUCACUUUUUCUUCAGACAGAAAAUAGCCUUUAUAUCAAAUAUACAGCAAUUACUUUAUCUGGGUGAUAGCCUACAUCUAUUAUGAAUUACUUGUUGCAGUUGCUGGUAAAAUUGCAGGAUGUGUGUUUUUAUGGAAUAUUGUUUUAUCAUUGCAUGUUCUUUUCUUUGUUAAAUGUUAGAAGCAGGCAUGUCAGCCAGCGACGAAAUAAUGAACGUCCUUAAUGGUAUGAUUAUCCAGGAGAUAUGAUACUGUACUACCCUCAUAGCUAAUCCUUAGUUAAUAGAGGUCAUCGCUGCCAUAGUGAUUGUGUGAUAUAUGAUUGACUGGCUUGGUCUAUAGUACCGGCGUCAAAUCUCAGACAAGGUCAUGAAAUAUUGUACUACUGACAAAUAUUAAAAGUAUGCUUAAAUUGCCUUAUGAAAUUUGGUGUGUCAAUUCUCAAGCUGGUCUGAGAUUAUGCACACACACACACACACACAAAUGCACAAACUUGUGUGUGUUUUGGCUCUUGGCUGGUAAGAUUUCGAGCAUUGGGUAUGAGGGCAUGAGAGAGAUUUGCAAGGAUGCAGAUUUGAGAAAAAAUAAGAAACUUGCACACUGCUGUUGCUAGGUAUCACUGCUCUUUUUUAAGCUUUGACAAAAGCCGUGAGGUCGAUACGUAAAGCUCAAUAAAGAGCAGUGAUACUAGCAAGAGCAGUGUGCAGGUUACUUUUUCAAUUGUUACCAUGCACCUGCAACAAAGGUAGCUAAGAUGUGAGAGUGCCUUUUGAAUUUUGAAGGACACCGAUUUAAAAGACGGAGAGCGAAAAUGAUGAGAUGUGAAGUAGAACUGAAUCAUUAAUAAAAUAAGGCUCUGUUUCGUUAACUGAACACAAAUCAUGUUAAAACAAAUUGCAUUCUAUUAAUGUAUCAGUACUUCAAUGUUUACAUUUUGAAAUGUAGAGUUGAGCAUUGCUGGUGCUGUAGAACGAUAACAGAAAAGUGAGAUGGUAAAUGUGAUUGAGGAAAGGUUGAGUAGGCAAUAGCAUUAUUGUUAGAAACACUAUGUAGCUUAUAAUGUUAGUUAAAUAUAUUGAAAUAUGUCAAACUUUUUGGGGACUUAGGUGUUAUCCUGUUUUGAAUUUACUUAUAUUGUAAUACAAUUGCUACUCUAACAAGAUAUUUUAAAUGAUACACAUUUUUGUAUUUAUAUGUAUCUGUGCUGGGAUUUUUCACAGAUUGCAAUAUAACAGAUAUGGAAAAAGCAGUCUUCCAAGAUCAACAAGAAAUUGACUUAUGUUCCUAUUCUAAAGACUCUCUGUACGUAUCAUUGAAUGAUAUUAUUUUGCACUCAAUAAAUUUUGGUCAUGAAUUUGACUGUGCAUA